GCAUGAUCCGAGACCCGAUGAAUCAAAAUCCCUAACCCCUACAUAAAUUAAAAAGGAAAGCUGACUCAAAGUCAACAAACAAAGAACAAACGGAAAAACAAAUCCCUCACACUACUGCUUAAUCUUAAGCAACCGAAACACAAAGAAAAGAAUUCUCCCCUACCUAUCUUUCCUUUUUUUUCUUUCUUCAUAGAAAGAGAAGUACUAAUCGACGCAGAAAACAAAAUAUUUUCCAGAGAAACAAACAAAAGCAAGCUAUGGCUGGGGUUUCGAAAGAGACGCAGAUGUCCAUAGAAGCGUCUUCGAUGUUUCCAGGUUUUCGGUUUUCGCCGACCGACGUGGAAUUGAUUUCCUAUUACCUCAAGAAGAAAAUGGAAGGAGCUGACAAAUGCGUCGAGGUCAUUUCCGAAGUCGAAAUUUGCAGAUAUGAGCCCUGGGAUUUACCAGGGAAAUCUGUGAUCAAGUCAGAGAAUGAAUGGUUCUUCUUUUCGGCCCGUGGAAGAAAAUAUCCAAAUGGAUCACAAAGUAGGAGAGCAACAGAACUUGGUUAUUGGAAGGCCACUGGUAAAGAGCGGAAUGUUAAAUCUGGGUCUAAUGUAAUUGGUACAAAGAGAACUCUCGUGUUCCAUAUUGGUCGUGCACCCAAAGGGGAAAGGACAGAAUGGAUUAUGCAUGAAUAUUGCAUGCAUGGAAAAUCCCAGGACUCUCUUGUUGUUUGCCGCCUUCGGAGAAACAUUGAUUUUCGUCCAAAUGACAGUUCUAACCGAACUUCUCUAAAUAUGAGGCAUUUAUCAAUUUCUGAAGCUGGUACGGAUCGGCCAGGCACAUCUGAAGGGGAGAAAGCGGCCGAGUCCUCGAGGAAAUAUAGUAGCAGUCAUGAUUCUCAUUCUGUUGAGCAAUUUGAUUCAGCAUCUGAAUCGGAACAGAAACAUUCGAGUGAGACUCUGCUGGCAGAAUCUUCCAGCCAACAACCGGAGGAUUCUGUUAAUGAAGAAGAGUUUUAUGCUGAUAUACUAAAUGAUGAUAUAGUUAACCUAGACGAAACUCCGUUGACUGCCAUUCCUGAGCUCCUACCAACGCUUGCCAAUAAGCCUGAGGUUCAGACACAAGCUCAACAACAGCCUAUGGAAUUAGUUGUUUCAGGUGCACCUCCUUUGCAGUCGAUUCCUAUCCAAGGGACAGCAAACAGAAGAAUUAAGUUGACGCAAAUACCUGAGGCAUCUGAAGGCAACAUCAACAAGUAUCCUUCACAGAAAAAGAAAACUAAAUUACCAAGUUCAGAGGAGUCACCAAAAUGUGUGCUUGGUUUUUCCAGUCGAAGACUCAUUUUUAUAAUUUUAAUUAUUCUGACUUUGCUGAUUUCGUUAUCGUCCUUGUCGGGACGCUGCCUGCAUAAAAUGAAUCACAUAUGUUGCCAUGUUGAAAGCCUUCUGGGACUCUAAACUUGGCAGCAUUGAAAUUGUAAACAAUGUCAAAUUAGCAAGCAGCUUCCUUUUCUUUUAUAUUUUCUUUUUUUACUCAACAAUGUUAUUGUAAUGUUUAAUAAUAUUGUACAAGGGUUAGCAUCAAAAGGACGACAAUUUGACUUGUGGCA